AAAAAUUUCAUGGAAAUAUGGAAGAGGAAAUUAUUGAUGAUCAAGUAUUGAAUGGUAUUAUAAAAGAGGAAAUUAUAGAAGACACAGACCAUGUCAGUGAUGGUCAAUUAUUUCAAAUAGGUUCCGGAGUUAUGCCAUUCCAACCUAAUUUGAUGUAUGGUGAUCAAGAACUUCAUGGAAAUGUGGAAGAGGAUAUUAUUGAUGAUCAAGUAUUUAAUGGCAAUAUUCAAGAGGAAAUUAUAGAAGACACAGACCAUAAUAGUGGAGGUCAAUUAUUUCUACUAGGAACUAUAGUUGAAUUAGUAAAAGUAAAUUUUAUUGACGGAUCGGAAAUUAAAGGAACAGUCUCCAACGAUAGCAAGUCUUCAGGAUUACUGGCUCGUAUGAAGACAUCUAACUGCUUAAGGGAAAAUACAUUGAUCCAUAACUGUAAUAAAAACAUUUCUACAACAUCCAAUGUAACUGUUACAAAGAAACACAACACAAAAAAAGAGCACAAAUGCAAUGUCUGUGAUAAACUGUUUCCUUAUAGAUCAAUAUUAAUUAGACAUUCAAGGACACAUACUGGAGAAAAGCCGUAUGCAUGUGCUAUUUGUUUUAAACCAUUUGGUUAUAAAUCAAAUUUAAGACUCCAUACCAGAAGACAUACUGGAGAAAAGCCGUAUGCAUGUGCUAUUUGUUUUAAACCAUUUAGUCGUAAAUCAAAUUUAAGACGCCAUACCAGAAUACAUACUGGAGAAAAGCCGUAUCAAUGUGAUAUUUGUUAUAAAAAGUUUACCAACGGAUCAAAUUUAAGACGCCAUACAAGAAAACAUUCUGGAGAAGAUAUGCUGUAUCUGUGAUAGUAGGUUUUUCUAAAAUACAAAGUUGUAUAUGUUCGAGCGCGGAGCGAUUCGGGCAUUCGGCCAUAUAAUAAUACCUACAUGUGUCAUAUAUAUACAUUUUUCGUCGGACAUCAUGGGGUAGAGGAGAUAAAGGCGACUCUAGCAAGUCCUCCCUCCAGUGUCCGGCGACAGUUCGUCUGACGAUAGCCAGACCGUUGACUGACAAUGUUCCCGUCUUUUGUCUUUUGCCAACGGUUUGCACACCGGACUCUGCCAUCAUCGACCAGGCUACGUUCAUCGUCGAGCAAGUCGCAACAAACCAGGUCGUCCUAUUAUUUUGUAAAUCAUUAUUAUUUUUCUGUUGUAAUUUUAUACUAUAUUGUGUACCGAUAUUGCCAUUUAUAUAUAUAGGUACCUAUAUAUGUGUGUAGUGGUAAUUAUUCCUGGGCGCCCUAUACCAGUUAAUUUAUUAUUAUCAUUUAAUUUUCUGUUUGUAUUAUAUAAUAUAUAUU